AUGAAUUUUAAGUCGAUUAUCUCGUCAUACACCGAUGAAUUUUAUGUUUCCACUCCCUUUUACACGGCCACCAAAGUCAUUAUCAAGCCAAAGUACUCUUCCCAAUGGCAGACAACAACCACUCAACUUUUAGUCGACUUCUCUGUUGCGCUUUUAAGUGAAGAAGCCAAGUCAGCGAUUCAAAGUUGCUUAGACAAGUAUAACACUAUGAGUCUUGGCUCUGACUCUUGUGUGAAGAUCAACUACACCAGAACAACAAUUCUCAAUGGAAAACUCCAUCUAGUGCUAUUGCUCCAGUGUCCACUCAAUAUAAGUGUUGGGAAUUAUUAUAAGGAUUUUGUCUCAUAUGAAGAGAGAGUCUUUCACUCACACCAACUCAAUAAAAUUGCUAAUAAAACAAGAGAAAUUCAAUUAGAAGGGUUUGACUCUUCAAUUCAAAAUGGCGGCAUCGGACUAUUUAGUGUGUACACGUCACCAUUUCCUGAAUUUAAGAUGACGCCUUUUGGUGUUCUCAAUUCAAAAUUGUCAAGCCUCAAAGACUCUGUAAAGAGUAACACUGUGCAAGGAAAGUUCUUUAAUGACACAUUCACAUGUUCCUUUGCCUCGUGUGAAUACUCUCUAGUUGAAUACAUUUUAAAUACAAUUGGGUCUACGUCCUCAAGAAACGUUGAAAAGGAUUGGUAUUUACCGGUCAAUGAAUUAGGAUCUGGUAAUUAUGGGAAAGUGUACAGAGGAAUUAAAACGGUCUAUAAUGGCCAAAGAGUCGUUAUUAAUUCGGACGGGACGUGUAACCUUGGAAAGACGCAAAGUGUUGUAUUUAAAGAAAGCACUGGGCGAAAUCGACUCUUUUUGACCAAAGAGGAGACUCUCCUUGCAAUUACAAAACACGAAAAUGUUAUUCAUUAUGAAGGAUCUUAUGAAGACUGCAAUGCCAAAGUUCUAAUUUUGGAAGAGUGCCAGAUGGACUUGGCUAAAUAUAUUGAAAAAGCCAAGAAGAACAAUAUGGUUAUUGGUAAAACACAAAUCUCAGAGAUAAUGAGCGGAGUUAGAAAUGCCAUGGUCUAUUUAUAUCGUAAUUUUGGUGUUAUUCAUAGAGACAUUAAACUGGAGAACAUUCUUAUUAAUGAAGAGAAAAGUUUGAAAGUAAAGUUGUGUGAUUUUGGGCUUUGUAUUAAGGCUACUGAGUCAAUGGAUUCUUUGGUUGGAACUCCAUUAUAUGCGUCGCCCCAAAUUAUAAGAAAAGAUAAAUAUACUUCAAAGUCUGAUUUAUAUUCAGCAGGUGUUGUAUUAUACUAUUUAUUGUAUGGAAAGUUACCAUUUCUGUGUGAAACUGAAAAGGAACUUUUAGCAAAGUACAACGAGGAAUUGUAUUUUGAAAAGAAAGGAGAAGAAUUUAGUCAACUGAUUGAAAUUGACAAAAAACUUCUCCAAAUAGAAGAAAACACAAGAAUGUCAUGGGAUCAAUUUGAGAAAAUGACAUUCUAA